AACUGAGUGUAGCCUUCAAACCCCCAUGUUCUUCUUUCUUAGUCAUUUAGCUUUUGUUGACAUCUGCUAUUCAUCUGUCACUGUUCCCAAGAUGUUGGAAAAUAUCAUAGCAAAGCAGAAAACGAUUUCCUGGGAAGGAUGCAUUGCACAGAUCUUCUUCUUUUUCCAGGCUGCUUGUGCUGAAGUAUUCAUCCUUUCAGCAAUGGCUUAUGACCGAUACAUUGCUAUAUGUGAUCCACUGCAUUAUACCACAAUCAUGAAAAAAGAAAUCUGCAGACAGCUAGUGGGUGGAUCUUGGGCUAUGGGUACCUUCUAUGCUGUGUUGAAUGUUCCACCUUUGGUGAAUUUGCAUUUUUGCGGGAACAAUAUUAUUGACCAUUACAGCUGUGAGCUUCCUUCAGUCUUGGCCUUGGCUUGUACCCAGACCCUCAUAAAUUACAUUGUUCUUCUUAUCACUGUGUUGGUGUUUGGUCUUGGCUCCUUUCUCCUUACCCUCAUCUCUUAUGUUUACAUUAUUUCAACCAUCGUGAAGAUUCGUUCAGCAGAAAGCAGGCAUAAAGCCUUCUCCACUUGCAGCUCUCACCUCAUUGUGGUGGGAUUGUUUUACAUUGCAGCUUUUUUCCGGUACAUGAAGCCAAGUUCAGAAUCACUCGCCUACCUGGACAAAUUAGUGUCGGUGCAGUACAGCAUCUUAACUCCCAUGUUAAACCCUCUCAUUUACAGCUUGAAGAACAAGGAUAUCAAAAAUGCUCUGUUGAAGAAGUUUGGAAAGUGUAAGUUUCUUCAAUAAAAUUAGACUCAAUUCUAGAAAAGUGCACAGUGUCACAAGCUAUCAUUUAAAAUGGUGUACAUGUGUAUAUAUCCGCCAAACAUCUUAAGGGCUAAUGAGGAGAGCAGCUCCCUGUUUUUAAAAUGUCAUGCUUCCCUUGAUGCUGGAGUUAGACUAAAAAAGACCCCAAAACAAAGCUGAGGCAUAAGAUUAGGUUGAAGAAGACAGAACUGGAAUCAAUUUGCUUUCAUGGGGGAAAAAGACCAAGGGGACAUUUAACUAAUGGGAAAUAUAGAAGGGUUCUUUUUUUUUUUCCUUAAUGGAAAUCUGGAGAGAGAAAAUGAAUGAUAUGAAUUAUAUAGGGGAAAUGGAGUGAAAUUUGAGUUCUGUGUUUAUGGUUUGGAUCUACUGCCUUGCAUUUAGCUUCUGUUCUGGUGGACAUCUUCUGCCUUCAUCUAGUCUAGCCCUCUGAAUCCAGCCAAUGGUCAUCCAGCACAAUGCCUCUUGGAAGCUCAGGUAGAAGGUGAGGAAGUUGAACUUUUUCUCCAGCAUCCAAGUCAUAUGCUUAAACUGCCACUGAACGAAAGCAUAGGAAUGGGGAACCUGAUUGGUCACUUGGGCUUGCAGUGAUGUAAACAACUCUUGAAGGGCCAGAAGUUCCCUGUUUAUGCAUGAGGUUAUUAGGAGUGAAGAUGUGUUAAAUGAAAAAGGAGAGUUUAUCCAUAUAUUGCUGAGGAAAUGUGUUGGAGGCAUGCCUAGGUAGGAUUGGUGAGAUUUGAAGCUAAGAAUGGGUGGACUAAUAUAAUCUAUAUCACUUUCUUGUGUGUCCAUUCAUAAAUCCACACUUCCAGGAUUGCUGAAUUGAUCACACUAAUGUAUCUGAAGCACCAUGACCUUGUCCCUCCCACUCACCUUCCCAGUACACAGCAGAAACUGAUAUUCAUAGGCUCUGAGGAUAGCUAAUAUUUGUUGUUAGCUUCCACAAGUAUUUAAAGUGACCUAACUGAGAAGCAAUCCCCACAUCAUAUAGCAAUGAAACCCCACUAGUUAGUUAAAUAUGUAUUGCUUGAAGACUACAAUUUUGUGGUAUAUUGCCACUCAAAUUCAUAAUGUGAACCCUAGUUCUAGUAUUAGCAUUAUCAGCCACUAAAAUUAUUAUUUUUAUAAAACAAAAUGCAAUUUUGUGCCUGAAUGACAUAUUUGUAACCCAGCUGUCAUCAGUCUGUAUGGUUAUGUGCUUGCUUGUUUGCUUAAAUGGUGCUUAAUUGGUGAAUUGUAACAGCAAUGAGUAUAUGGGGUCUUCUUCGCUACCUUUUAAAGGAGCUAUUCCAAUCUUGUUUGUUUGUUUUUAAAAGCUGUGGUGAAUUUUAAUAUUUUACAUUCUUACUGGACUUAGUUUAACACAUCUCUUACAAUUAGCAGGAUGUUCAGGGCUGUUGUUGUUUUUUAUAAAAAAAUAAUCACUAUUGUUUCUUUUUUGUAAUUAUAGUACUAUUACUUUUAUGUAAUAUUUGUUUAAUGGCUUUUAAAAUUAUGUGUGUUUUUGUUAUGUUAUUGUAAACCUGUUUGAAAGUGGGACAUGAUAGUGAACAAAUAAAUGUGACUAUUCACCAAAACAGUAGUAAAGUGAGAUUUAACUUUUGUCAAGCUGAAAUCAAUGUUGAACCAAGACAUUUUGUUUUCUGAUAUGGAGUCCAAACGCUCCUCACAAGGAUAAACAUUUUUAAAACUUUUGCUGCAUGAUUCAAUAAACUCCUGCUUGUAAUCUAUCUCCCUUUCAGAAUUCUCACUGAUGCCUGUUGCUUCACCCUCCUGAAUGGCAGGGUUACCCUUGGAUGAAAUGUAAACUCUCAUUUACGUUUGCCUUAGCUAAAUUUCAUACAGUUGCACUAGGGGUGCUCACACAUUAUAUUAAACAAGUGUGCAAUCAGUGUUCUUGUGUACAUGAAUAACUGCAGUAUCAAAAUACAGUGGUACCUCAGUCUACAAACAGUCCUGUUAAUGAACUAUUUGGGCAACAAACUCUGCAAAAACAGAAGAAGGUGUUCCGGCUAGUGAACUUUGCCUCGGAAGCCAAACGGAAGUUAAACGGUGGAAGGGCACUGGUGGCGGGAGGCCUCAGUAGGGAAAGCGCACCUCGAUUUAAGAAUGCUUUGGUUUAAGCAUGGACUUCCGGAACGAAUUAAGAUCAUAGACCGAUGUACCACUGUAUACAGUAUGCCAAAAUCUGGUCCUUUAUCUCAUGAACUGUCGUGUCAAAUUCAGCAACAAUAUCUCCAGAGGCAUCCAAAUUGUUGCAGUUUGGAAUGUUUCCUUGGCCGUCUUGAACGAAAUAAACUUAGAUGAAGCCUACAUUCUUCACUCUGUUACAGAUAAACAAAAAUAUAGCAACAAUAUAUUUAGAGGCAUUCAAGUUGCCACAGUUUGGAAUCACCAUGCCAAAUUGGAUGAACGCACACCAAUUGAGCAAUUAUAUACUCAUACAUAUUCAGAGGCACAAGAACCCUAAUUGCCACAAUUUGGAACCACCGUGCCAACUGGUCCCAAGCUACCCUCUGCAUGUUUAUCCAUAUUUGCCACCAUGGCAGAAAAGCUUCUCCCACUAAAACAAAACAGAACAAAAUUCACAGGCAUUUGCAGGAAUGCACUACUGAUGAAUUUAAUUAUCCUCUUGGGAUGAGUAUUUCUAUAUAAGUUGCCACAUUCCACACUGAAAAAUAUAUUCUCCAGGGUUUGUUAUAGCAAGUAUAAUAACAUCAUGGCAAACACUCCACUUAGUCUUAGUGAACAAGGGAACCAUUCUUACUGACACAUAAAAGGUGCUUUUUCCAAUUCAUUUCCGCCUUUUCAGUCAGGUAAUUAUAUACAAAAGUUUGAGUCUCUGGUUCAAGGCAAUGUCCUCCAAAAGCUUCUUGCAUGUUUCUUGAUUUCCUCUUUCCCUCUGUUUUUGCUGAUCAUAUUGGUUUUUCUUAGGCCUUUAUAAAAGAAAAAAGAAGAAAUGAAAAGAAGAGAUAUGUUUAUGUAUGAUUUCAUUGUGUUUUAAGGCAGAAAUCCUUGCUUAUGUGAGAACGAGCAGGAAGGAAAGAAAAAAACAGCAUUUGAAAUUUCUCACUCACUAGACAUAAAUUAGAACGUAGGAAGUGGAGCCAUUACAAGGUAGUUUUCAUCAUCAGUGCAACCAAAUUACAAACAUAAGGCUAAAAAAGUAAAAAGUGGUCCUGCAAAUGCACACGUGGUUUAAAUAUGGGUUCCAAGUUUGAAAAGAAUGAAGACUACUGUUCUAAUCCACUCUUAAUAGUAACAUGACAUUUAUUCCUUUUACAUCUCUCUCUCCCUCCCUCCUAUAUUUUAAAUUGCAGUAUUUGUUAGGAAGAAGAGUAGCCCUACUGUGGUGAUGGUCUAAAUUUCAGUUGCCAUUAAUUUCCUUGCAUUUCACUUCAUUCUGUGUAAGAAAGUGGCAUUGAAGGAGCACUUCUAAAGGCUGACUCACGCACACACUAAAUAUUUCCAUAUGAUGAUUUCUGCAUAUUUAGAGUGAGCAAACUGCUGCAAAUGGGAACCUUCAGAAACAGAAAUGAGAUGCAAUGUGAUUGCCUGCUGAUUUUAUUAUUGGCAUUCAGCUCUUAAAGGGACAGAAAGUCUUCCAAGGAAAAGGUGGCAACCCUGGACGUUAAAUUGUACCAAACAGUCCUUAGGAAAAAAGGCUUGUGAGCCACUGAUUUACUAAAUCAAUUCAUUUUUUGUUAAUCUUCAGUCCUUAUGGAAGACAAAUAGAGAAGUCUGUUCAAGCAGACUUUUAGAAACUAGUGAAUAAGGCUGAGAAAUGUUGAAAGAUAGCAACUUCCCAACUGUGUGAUCUCGAUGAUGGCAGCUGCUUUUGUUAUUAGACCAGUUAGGAUUUAACCAAAGAUCCAUAUUAUGGGUUUGAAUAUGAAAUGAUGCUCUCAGCAUAUUGAGGAAAUUUUGAUACUAUUUAUUUAAAAUGUGUUAUUUAUUAUAUAAGAACACCUCGUUUUAAUAAGCUUUCUAACAUUGAUUACAGGCAAGUAAAAGGCUGAAAUGUCAUGCAUAGCUUGCAUGGAAUUAUGUCCCACUGAGACCAGCUGGACUUCAUUUCAAGGAAACAUGAACUGGUUUGGGCUACAAUGGCUGUUGGUUAAUCUUGCUGUCUGGUCUAUGACUGCAAUAAAGAUUUAUUGAUUGGUUGGUUGGUUUCAAUGAUGCAGAAAAAUUGAGCAUGGACAUUGACUUCUCAGUGGAGGUUAAAGCUGCUCAACAUAGACUGAAUCCAGCUCUUAAUUGAUAUAAGUUUUUAGAAUUAUGGUUCCCAUCUCAACAAUAUUUCAGAUGCUUUAGUCUACUAUUCAGGAACAACAGAACAACCUUGCUGCAAUCAGAUGUUUGUUUGUUUUUCACAGAUUACAUUUUUGUUGGAAAGGAAAUGGAAAAUCAAACUACUGUGACAUAUUUUCUUCUUGUGGGAUUUUCUUACAGUUUUCCAGUCCGUAUUUGCCUCUUCCUGGUGUUUUUACUCAUGUAUGCAAUAACUUUGGUAGGGAACACGAUCAUCAUGAUGGUAAUAAAGAAAGACAGUAAUCUACAGAGCCCUAUGUACCUCUUCCUAAGUCAACUGUCUUUUCUGGAUAUUUGCUACUCUUCAGUCACGGUGCCUAAGGUUCUCCUGAAUUUCUUCCAUAGCCAAAGAAUUUCUUACAGUACCUGCAUCAUGCAAAUGUUUUUCAUCAUCCAGACAGGAUGCACUGAAAUCUUCCUUCUUACAGCAAUGGCUUAUGACCGAUAUGCUGCCAUAUGCAAGCCACUUCAUUAUGUUGAAACUAUGAAUAUACCGUUCUGUAAGCUGCUGGUGGGAGGUUCAUGGGCAAUAGGUUUUGUACAUGCAUUGAUUAAUACAUUUCCUGUUCUGAAGCUGGUGUUCUGUGGUCCAAACACUAUCAGGCAUUUCAGCUGUGAACUCCCAUCUCUCUUGGCCUUAUCUUGCACAGAAACCUUUGUGAAUGCGAUAACAUUCUUAAUUACAAGUAGUGCAGUAGUGCUUUCAUCAAUCUGUGUCAUGCUGGUGUCAUAUACCUACAUAGUCUCUAUGGUUCUGAAGCUUAAUUCAGCAGAAGCUAAAAGAAAAACAUUCUCCACCUGCAGUUCCCAUCUCAUUGUUGUCAUUUUAUUUUAUGGCACUGCCUGCUUUAGGUAUUUAAGGCCGAAUUCAGCCUCGUCUGUACUACUGGAUGAACUCUUUCCCACCCAAUAUAGCAUUUCAACCCCCAUGCUGAACCCCAUUAUUUACAGUCUGAAAACCAAAGAAGUGAAAGAAGCCAUCAAGAAACUGAUGGGGUACAAAAAA